ACAUUUCAUCUGUCGAAUCUCAUACCAACAUUUAUUCCAGAACGAACGCAUUAAGCGAUCCCGCGCAGGGACCGUCCCUACUCUCAGGAUAUGAAGCGACAUUACGACUACGGAUGUCCGGAAUGCCAUAUUGCCUUUUACGUUGGCCAUCCCUCGUGGAGUCGUGCGAUGAUGGAACUGGUAGUUUAGUCUAGUCGUCGCUCGGAGGUUAUUACCGUUAUAGUUCGGAAUGUAUUUUUCCUUCCAUAGGAGGAACGAAUGCAGUCGAGAAGGGCCGAUGAAUGUGAAUAAUGCUUGAAUAGCUCUAGUGGCGUGCGUUUUACCACAAAUCAUGUCACGGAACGCCGAAUCAAGCACCGAGCGUUUUUCUGAUUCGCGCUAGCCAUUUUUCACUGUGAUGCUGGAUCAAUAUGGAGCUCCGAGCACACUGCCAAGCCUGCACUCUUGUCACACUCAUUUUACUAAUAGUUAGAUGUCGGCGACGACAUUUGAGAGGACGAUAUAUGGGUCUCGGAUCUGCAAUCUCGGAACAUGCGCUAACGCUUCAUGCGAAGUACCUCUAUCACUUUUCUCACACAGGCAAUGCAAUUCAUCCUUUCUAUUCUGCCUCGUUUCUCUCCAAGAUUAUACUCCGAGCUCGAAGAAACGGUAUAUAGGUCGCAC